AUGACCGAGAAAUGGGUUCAUCCGGAAUAUGACAUGCAAAUACAANUAGUUUUACUCGGUAUUGUGGCUCUCACCGCCAUUGAAGGGGUCAUCAACAAAGCCGUACUUUCGAGAGAUCACUUGGGUUAUGAGAAUUUGAAUGGUACGAAACGUCUCAAUCCUAUGACCGAGAAAUGGGUUCAUCCGGAAUAUGACAUGCAAAUACAAAUAUGGAUGAUAAAUUUGACGAACGCUGCUGACGUUCUUCGUGGUCUCAAACCAAAGAUCCAAGAAAUAGGGCCAUUUACAUUCAUAGAACGUCAGUAUAAAUCGCCUUACCAAUUCGAUAAAAACGACACACGAGUUUUCUAUCGAAACAACCGUGUUUAUUUUUUCAACGAGUCGCUCUCAUGUGGGCAUUGUUCCCUCGAACAACGUGUUGUUAUUCCAAAUGUGGUGUUUCAGAAAUUGGUGGACUUCGCACUGGAACAAGGGCCUCCUGCAAAGCUCGCCAUCGAAGCGGUUCUAGCAGUCUACAAAAGGGAGACUCCAUUUAUUGAAGUCAGUGUAAAAGAAGCACUGUACGAUGGGUAUCAAGAUCCACUGCUUGAAGCCGUAUGCGGUUAUAGUACUUUCCUCAGGAAAUUAUGUGAUGCUGCUAAAAUUCCAGAGAGAAUUGGAUUUUUCUACGGGCAAAAUAACACUGAUGACGGUUUAUACGAAGUUUCUACAGGUUUUAAUGACGUUUUCGAUAUUGGCAAGGUAUUCUCGUUCAACAACAUGUCAGUGAUGCCGGAAUCUGUCUGGGAUUCAGCGUAUGCCCGGGAAAUUCGGGGGACAGAUGGACAGCUAUUUUCGCCAAUGCUAGAUGAAGGACCAGGGUUGGAAAUAUUUGCCGGUCCAAUGUGCAGGUCUAUUGAAAUACAAUUCUUACGACGAUCCGCUGUCCGAGAUAUCGCCGCAUUCCGCUACGGGCUUCCUGUAAAGAUGUUCGACCCAAGUAUUCCGCAGAAUCGCGGAUUUUGCAACAGGAAUGGCACUCCCACCUUCUUCAACACGUCCAUCCAAAUUCCUGGAUGCUUACCGAAAGGUUUACUUGAUAUUGGGAGAUGCCUACCAGGUACACCGCGAAUCUACAUUUCAAACCCCCAUUUCUUUGGAGCCGCCCCGGAGGUAAUAUCCUCUAUUCAAGGCAUGGACAUGCCAAAUGAGGAGAACGAUCAAACUUUUGUAGAUGUAGAACCAUUAAGUGGUGUGCCGAUACACGCAAAGAGGGUAACACAAAUUAAUGUUGGAAUGUCCAAGGGAAACCUGAAUGCACUAUCGAAUAUGAAUAACAUGAUCUUCCCGGUUCUAUGGAUGAACGAAACAGUGUAUUUCGACAAUGGCACCAGAAAUCAGUUGAGCCAACUGAUUUCGGCGAAGCAUUUUGUGCGCGUAGUUGGAGUUACGGUGCUCACCGUGGGUAUACUAGUGUGGUUUGCAGUCACGGCUGUUGUUGUCGUACGUACCCUGACGAAGCCUCGCGACGAUGAUGAUCAACCUAUACUCCAUGAAGAUGUUGUCGAAGAAGAAGUUGGCGAUAUCUAG